GAACUUCAAGGAAGAAUUCCUUGACGUCACCUUUAUUACGAUCAGCUGAUCUUCACAUGUAAACAGGACAGCUAUUAUACGGAAGGGAAACGCACCUGACAGCACAGGAACACCGGUAGUUUUUGACAGGUACCAGUUCUUGACCAAGGAAGUAUGCCAUAUAUCUAAAGCAUGACGAGUAAUCCGACUUCCAGCAACCACCCCGUGGACAAAGGAUGGGCCUGGGUGAUCCUCGCGGGGUCCAGCCUGAUCUUCAUGAUAUACUACGGAACCCUCAAGACCUCGGGCCUGUUCUUCGUGGCCUUUCAGGAUUACUACAAGUCUGAAGCCUUCAUAACCUCCAUCAUACCGGGCGUUCUACAGACCGUCUACAGCAUCGCUUCCCUCCCUAUCCUCACAGUGGAACUCGAUCACCUGUCUGCCCGUCAGAUGAUCAUCGUCGGAGGAUUCCUCCAAUCCAUUGCUUAUUUCAUCGGAUUCUUUGCUGACAGAAUUGAGAUCCUUAUUUUCACACAUGGAGUUCUAUACGGAAUUGGGUGUGCUACCAUCCAUGGUCCGACAGCCUACCUGAUUGGUCUAUACUUUGACAGACGGCGGGAGCUGGCAAACUCUGUUCUAAUGGCAUCCGCAGGUUUUGGCGGACUCGUUGUUCCUCCUUUAUAUCGCUAUCUUCUGGACGUUUACGGUCUUCGUGGUACCAUGCUCAUCUUUUCAGGAGUUAUAUUCAAUGUAGUGGCUCUAGCAGGACUGCUAAAGCCUCCAUCUCUUUUUCACCACCCCUCUAACAGCAACGGCAAAUCCAAACCGGAAUAUUCAAUUGUUCAAAUCCAAGACACUCACGAGUAUUCACCAGUACCGACGGGCAAAAAGCGCUCAGUAUCUCUGAGUGAAAUACCGACACCUGGAAAUGGCGUCUUAUCCAGUUUCGAAAACGAUGAAACAUGGGGGAGUUUGCCACAUCGACUGGAUAUUAGAACACACCACAGCUCUCGUCUCUCGCAGAGUUUCUGUAGUCUAGGAAGUACAGAUGUUGUUUACAGCCUUUCCCAAUCCCAAUUAAAUGAAUCGCAAGCACAAAAAGAUGUCAAAAACAAAAUUAUGAUUAUAUCACUCCUUAAAAAGCCAUUGCUACAGAUGUAUCUUAUUGUGUACUUAUUUGGAAGUAUAGGAUCCUCAUAUGGUCAUAUUUAUAUUUCCCCCUUUGCUCGUGACCAUGGAAUGACUACAACAGAAGUUUCAAUAUUGGUAUCUGUUACCAAUAUGUGUGAUUUCAUUGGUCGAGGUUUAUGUGGAGUAAUAGCCAAUCAGCGUAUAGUUAAGAACUCAACGAUUUUGGCUGUUAGCCAACUUGUGGCUGCUAUCACCUUGGCGCUCUACUCUUUUUAUGGGUCUUUCUUGAGUUUCAUUGCCCUAGCUGUUAUGUUUGGUCUUUUUGCCGGCGCCAUUUUCUCUAUGACGCCAAGUAUUGUAGUGGACUUCGUAGGAAUAGAAAAUUUCAGAACAGCUUUUGGGAUUAUUAUCCUGGGACAAGGGAUAACUAUGGGAACGGGAGCUCCACUAUUAGGGUACCUCCGGGACGUAUACCUCUCCUAUAUGCCGUCUUUCUACUUCAUGGGGGCGUGUCUGAUUCUGUCUGGGCUGACCUUACUGAUGGAACCGUGUGUCAGAAAACGUCAGGACAAAAUGGAGAAUGUAGCUCGACCGUCAGAAGAGGUGGCGCUUUCUGCGUGAUUCUCGAUAAUUUAUAAACUUAAAAUAAUGUCAAUAUAGACAGGAAAAACUCAAGUAGAAAAGAAAUCAAUAUGUGACAAAAUGAAUAGAAUUACAAACCUGAAUUCGAAAUGAAACGAGAAGAAGCAAAACCCGCUAGAUAUGUGCUGAUCUGAUAUCAAAUAUUUUGUAUGCACUAUUAUUAUGCUUAAAGCACUAUUUCUUUGCAUUGUAUAUAUAAUAGUAGUUGAAUAUCAACUUUGUCAUCAGCAGUGAAGGUAGAGGGGAUUUCUUGAUCUUUUUAUAGACUGAGACAACGUUCCCUGUCUAUAUGAUCAAUUUGAACAUAUAAACUCCAAACAUUGGCUCUUAACGAUGUUUUCAAUUAAAUGUAGCACACGUGGAUCUUUUAUCCAAAGAGAAAAAAUGUUUAAAAUCACCUGCUUAACGGGAAAUAAAAGAAGUGGGUGAUUUUAAAA